AUGUCAAACAUAAAUUGGAAAAAUGUAUUUACUACAUCAGCAUCAUUUAUAUCUAUAAUACUAUUGAUUAAAGAACUACGAAGUCUAUAUAAUAAAGCAAACAAAUUAACUUCAUUACCUCCAAGAUCUCGCGGUGUUGAAUCAUUAAUUGGUAACACUCCAUUAAUUGAAAUUAAAUCAUUAUCAAAAUUAACAGGAUGUAAAAUAUAUGCAAAAUUAGAAUUAAUGAACCCUGGAGGGAGUGCUAAAGAUAGAGUAGCUUAUGAAAUUAUAAAACAAAGUGAAUCAAAAGGAUUGAUAAAACCAAAUGAAAAUAAUAUAAUAUUUGAAGGAACAAGUGGAUCAACUGGUAUUUCAUUUGCAAUUUUAAGUAAUGCUUUAGGUUAUAUUGCUCAUAUUUGUUUACCUGAUGAUACAUCACAUGAAAAAUUACAGUUGUUGACUAGUUUAGGUGUUGAGAUUGAAAAAGUUAAACCUGCAAGUAUCGUCGAUCCAAAUCAAUAUGUAAAUGUAGCUAGAUCAGGGGCUGAAAAAAUAAACAAUUCAAAUACUAAUCAAAAAGCAAUAUUUGCAAAUCAAUUUGAAAAUGAUUUUAAUUGGAGAAUACAUUACAAAACAACGGGACCUGAAAUCUAUAAACAAAUGGAAGAGAAAAUAGAUGUAUUUAUAAAUGGUAGUGGUACUGGUGGUACUAUAACUGGAGUUGGAAAAUAUUUAAAAGAAAAGAUACCAGGUGUUAAAAUAAUACUAGCUGAUCCUCAAGGUUCAGGUUUAGCUAAUAGAAUAAAUUAUGGUGUAAUGUAUGAUACAAAAGAAAAAGAAGGAACAAGAAGAAGACAUCAAGUAGAUACAUUAGUCGAAGGAAUUGGUUUAAAUAGAUUAACAUGGAAUUUCAAACAAGGAGAACAAUAUAUCGAUGAAGCAAUUAGAGUAACUGAUGAACAAGCAUUAAAAAUGGCUAAAUUUUUAUGUAAAAAUGAUGGAUUAUUUUGGGGUUCUUCUGCUUCUAUAAAUUGUGUAGCAGCAGUUAAAACAGCUUUUAAAUAUGGACCUGGCCAAAAGAUAGUAGUCAUUGCUUGUGAUUCUGGUGAACGUCAUUUAUCUAAAUUUUGGAAUCAUGCAAAAGAAUAUGAAAAUGUGACAUUAGAUGAAGUAUUAAAAUAA